CGAAAGCGGGGUGUUAACAUUUUGAAAUUUUAUGACCAACAAAAACCGAAAAUUUCAGCAUUGAACGGCAGGACUUGGUUUGAAUUUUGAAAAAUAUGGGACGACGACCAAAUCUCUGUACAAGGGAUCAGCUGAUGCAAGACCUAUGAUGUGAAUAGGAAGCAGAUGAGAAGCUUUAAAGGCUAUAUUGAGCCAUGAUUGAACAUACACUUCAACAGGCUUCCACCAUGUUUUCCUCCAAAACUCCCCAUUUUUUCAAAGGGAUUCCUAGAAAGUUUGUGAGAAAAUAUGGAAACCAACUGUCAAGCCCUGUUAAGCUUGAGUUGCCUAGUGGUGCAAUAUGGCAGGUGGAACUGGCAAAGACUGAUGAAAGGGUGAGGUUGCAAAACGGCUGGCGAGAAUUUGCAGAGCAUUACUCGCUUGAACUUGGGUCUUUUGUGGUCUUCAGAUAUGAAGGGAAUGAUCAUUUCCAUGUCCUAAUUUUUGAUAAAAGCGCUUUGGAGAUCGAAUAUCCCCACACUAGCACUGAAGGUAACGAUGGUGAUGAUCACGUGUCCAUUGAGCUUUGUGAUGAUGUUUCAGCCAGUAGGAAAAACAAAGAGAAACCAGAUUUGCCAUGUUCACUCCCUCAAAAGAAAAUGAGUACUGAUUCAAAGUUAAAGAAUUCAUCUUCACACAAUUGCCUUGAUGAACAAAGAGCUGCUGAUAUUGUAAGUUGGUCUUCCUCAAGAUUAGUGAGUAGGAAAAGUAAAGAGAAAUCACAUUUACCAUGUCCUCUGCCUCGGAAGAAAAUGAGAAUCGAUUCUUCUAAUCAACAUGACCAAAAUUCAAAGUUAGAGGUUUUAUCUUCUGGCACUAGCCCUGAUGCUCAAAGAAAUGUGAAAACUAAGGCUUUCAGUUGUGUGCAACGGCUGGCAGCCAAUGAAAAGGCGCACGCUGUUCAGAUAGCUAGUGCUUUUGAAAGUACUGAAAACCCAGUUUUUAUGACAGUCAUGCAACCAUCAUACGUUCGUGGUACAUGCAGAAUGUUUAUACCAUCGGACUUUGCUAGGAAAUUUUUGACAGUGCACAAGUCUAAUCUGACCUUGUGCAAUUCCACUGGGAAAACUUGGCAUGCCAAGUUAUACUAUCUAGCAAAUAAAAAACCAAACGCACACCUCUACGGUGGGUGGCGUGAAUUUGUGGAAGAUAAUCAUCUUAAUGUUGGUGACAUUUGUGUUUUCGAGCUAAUUAAGUACCCUGAAAUCUUAAUGAAAGCGCAAAUCUAUCCGGGUGUCAAAAAUGCAAGCAAGGCCCGCUGGCAACAAUCUCUCGGGAGCAUAGUUAGUCAAGUUAAAAACAGGAUCUUGGUCAGUGAUGCUGAACCCAAUUGUCAACAAAGUCCAUCCAGCUCCAGAGAAUCUAAAGACCUAACAGACUCGCACAUCAAAACCUUGGAUGACUCUCCACUAGACCAGAAAACAAAGAAGAAAUUGACACGCUUGAGUGUUCAGCCUUGUAAGAUGACGAGAACCAGUCUAAGUGGAAGCAUUCAGGCUAAGGGGAUUAAGCAUGAGAAAGGAAAGAGCUUGAAUUUCCAAUAUUCAACACAAGAACUUGGGGGUGGACUCAAAAAUUCUGCAAAAGGUGAUAGUGGAAGGAAGUCAGGUGCUCGGAGAUGUCUGAACCUGAUCCUGUAUACCAGAAACAAAGAGCUUGUACAGGGGGUGGUGCUUUUAGAACUUCAAACCCCUCUUUCAGUGUUGUGAUACACCCAUCACAUGUUCGUUCUUGUAGUACUGUGCAUAUACCGGAGGAAUUUGGCAAGAGAUAUUUGAAGAAAAGCGGAGAAAUGAUGCUGAGAGUUGCGGAUGGGAGGAGUUGGAAUGUUGAGUAUGAAAGAAGAGGAAGGAGUACAAGUAGAAAAGCAGUGUUUGAGGGUAAGAGUUGGGGACAAUUUGCGAUGGACAAUGAAUUCGAGGUGGGAGACGUUUGUGUGUUUGAGCUGAUGAAUGAAAAUGGAAACUUGUUGGAAGUUGUCAUUCAUCGCAAGCUUUUACUCAUCGAAAUUAAUUAAGUUGUCAAGUAUUUCAAUCCAAAUUGGAACUGUUUGAUGAUUUUGUGUAUUUAUUCAAUGGAAUUGAGAGUUGCGGAUGGGAGGAGUUGGAAAGUUGAGUAUGAAAGAAGAGGAAGGAGUAAAGGUAGAAAAGCAGUGGUUGGGGGUAAGAAUUGGGGGACAAUUUGCAAUAGACCAUGAAUUCGAGGUGGGAGAUGUUUGUGUGUUUGAGCUGAUGAAUGAAAAUGGAAACUUGUUGGAAGUUGUCACUUAUCGCAAGCUUUUACUCGUCGAAAUUAAUUAAGUUAUCAAGUAUUUCAAUCCAAAUUGGAAUUGUUUGAUGAUUUUGUGUAUUUAUUCAAUGGAACUGAGAGUUGCGGAUGGGAGGAGUUGGAAAGAUGAGUAUGAAAGAAGAGGAAGGAGUAAAGGUAGAAAAGCAGUGUUUGGGGGUAAGAGUUGGGGACAAUUUGCGAUGUACAUGAAUUCGAGGUGGGUGAUGUUUGUGUGUUUGAGCUGAUGAAUGAAAAUGUAAACUUGUUGGAAGUUGUCAUUCAUCGCAAGCUUUUACUCGUCGAAGUUAAUUAAGUUGUCAAGUAUUUCAAUCCAAAUUGGAAAUGUUUGAUGAUUUUGUGUAAUUAUUUCAAUGGAACUUUGUAUUAUUCAAGGAUGGAGAAUACAUUCCGGUUCAUUCAAA